GGACUCGGACUCGGACUCGGACUCGGAAUUGGAAAUGGAAUGCGACACAGGCUCGGCGGCCUUGUCCUCGGGCUGAGCGCGGGACAUUGGUUGUUAAAAGAGGCGGAUUUGGGAUGUUUAAAUGAUUGGCGGCGAGAAAGAGGAAGGCUUGCUGAAGCAAUGUGACUUCGGAUUUUUUAUUUUGAGCAGUAAAAAUAAAGGUUUUUUUUCAUGGGUGACGACAAAAUUAUCCAACAAGCGGCCAAAAUCGAAUAAGAGGGAACGAAGGAAGGGGAGCGGUUGAUCCUGAUUUAUCCCGCUUGAUCGCGGCCUGCCUCUCUCUCUCCUUUGCACUCUUUCCUUAUUUCCUAUUUUUUCUCUCUCGCUAAUCGGCGCCAAUUCCCCCCUCCUGCUCCAAUUCCUCUCACGAUGGCUGGCGAAAUUCCAGAGAUCCCCGGGCGGCUUGUUCCGGCAGACGUUGCAUACAAUCUGCGGCGGCUGGUUGGCGAAAUUACCGGCACCAACCGGACGACGUUUCCAGGGGCGCAGCCAGUGUCAUUCACAGCGUCCGAGAGCAUCAGCCAGCUUCUGGCGCACAACUACCUCGUAUGUGAAAAGUCCGACGGCGUCCGCGUUCUGGUGCUGAUGCUGGCGACGGACAAGGGCCCGCAGACGUUCUUCAUCACGCGCAAAAACGAGUACUUCUUCGCACCCAACCUGGCAUUCCCGACGCCAGGCGACAGCAGCCGCUUCCACCACAACACACUGAUCGACGCCGAGCUCGUUAUCGACGUCAUGCCCGACGGCUCGCGCGUGCGCAAGCUGCUUGCCUUUGACGCGCUGGUCGUGUUUGGCGCGAACUGCAUGCAGCGCGACUUGGAGAAGCGGCUCGGCUUCUUGCGAGACCACAUCGUUGGGCCGUUCCGAGCCGCGCGCCGCCACGAUAGCCCCGAGGCCGCUCGGCUCGUGCCAGUGGUGGCCGAGGUCAAACUGUUUGAGCGCAGCUACGGCGUGCAAAAGGUCUACGACCAGAUCAUCCCGCGCCUCUACCACAAGUCUGACGGCCUGAUCUUCACCGCCGUCAAGGCGCCCUAUAUGCCCGGCACGUGCAACACCAUAGUCAAGUGGAAGCCGGCCGGCGAGAACUCCAUUGACUUUAAGAUCCGCGUCACACGCAACAGUAGCAAUGCACCGGAGCUGCAGUUGCACCAGUGGCUGGGCGGCGACAACUACGAGCUCUUUGGCAUUAUGGCUGUGCGCCCCGACGACUGGGCCACGCACUUUGCCGAUCUUGCCCGCCUGGAUGGCCGCAUUGCCGAGACCAUCUAUGACCCCGAAUACAGCCCGCCAGCCGUCUGGCGCUUCCUGCGCUUCCGCGACGACAAGCCGCACGGCAACCACGCGUCGGUCAUCCAACGUAUUAUCGCCAGUAUCGGCGACACGAUGGAUUUGGACGAGCUGGUCAACGUCAUGGUGCAGGUGCGCGACAACUGGAAGUGCCGCAACCCAGGCUCAUGAAUCACCGUCGAUGAUCCAAUGAUCUAAUCCGCGAUCCGCAGCAGCCCCCAAAUAUUGUACUCUCUCUACAUUGUUUCACAAGAAAAAUAUACCAUUACAACAACAGAUAUAAACAUAAAUACAUGUAUUUCUUAAUU